AGUAUCUGUGACGGGACGUCGCGACGCUUUAUGGCGGCGAUAGUGGUUCGGUUCUUUUUGCUGCUGUCGCUGCUUUUCAUUCAGUCGCCCGCGGAAAAAUACCCCACAGACGCGAAAUUUGUCAGGACAUGUACGAAUGAGCACAACCGGCACCGCUCCGCCGUGAAUCCUGGAGCCAGUAACAUGUACUUAAUGAGCUGGGAUGCAGGUCUCGCUAAAACUGCAAGAGCAUGGAGCAAGACUUGCAACUUCAGAAAUAAUCCACACCUACAGACAAAAGGAAAAGGCCAUCCAGUUUAUGAAACUGUAGGAGAAAAUAUCUAUGCUGUAUCAGGCAGCUUUUCUGUCAGAGAUGCUAUUCAAGCGUGGUACAAUGAAGGAACUCAUUUUGAUUUUGAGGCAAACAAAUGCAAUAAAAGCAACUGCAAACAUUAUACUCAGCUUGUCUGGGGACAAACUUAUAAACUUGGUUGUGCAGCUAAUCACUGUCCCAAUGGGAUUAAAAGUUCUGAAAUUAAAGAUGGAACAGUUUUUGUCUGUAAUUACUCACCCUGUGGAAAUCGUAAAGGAGAGGCACCAUAUUUUAAAGGACCACCUUGCACAGGUUGUGGUGACGAUUUUUGCAGGAGCCGUUUGUGCAGUGAUCCAGAUCGUGAAGCAAUUGACCGUAUGUUUUUAAUACUAAUACCAGUAGCUUAUUUCAGUUGUUAG